CCAAAUCAAAACCCAUAUGGCUUCCAUUCCUCAAUUCUACUCUGACUAUACACCAACGGGCGCAGCAAUGUUUCCUAAUGAUCUCUAUGAUCUGCCUCCUCCUACAACGCCGUCGACUGCGGGCACUCCUGGCGGCCCAUUCUGGGGCGAAGAAACCUUAGUUCCUUUGUUCCACGAGUUUGGCCUUCUUCACCCUCCUUCUCUUUCCCCAUCAUCCCAAUAUUGUUGUGAUGAUAAACCACCGCCACCCCUGUCCUCCGCCAUUGAUCCCACCUCCUUUCCUCAACUUAAUAUCCCCUCCAUUAAUGGAGGACGUCAAAACUCUUGCCUUGAUCAUCAUUUCCAUGAAUUUCAGGACGAUUGCUUUGGAUUGGUGCCUGAGAUCAAGCCACUUCACCAACCACUCCCUCCCCAUAAUUGGGAAAUCCAAAGCAAUGAAGUUCCUGUGGCUGAGGACUCGAACAUGAAGGUUGGCCGCUACUCUGAAGAAGUAAGAAAACAAAGGAUUCUGCGCUACUUGAAGAAAAGAAACCAAAGAAAUUUCACCAAAACCAUAAAGUAUGCAUGUCGGAAAACGUUAGCCGACAGAAGGAUUCGAGUCCGAGGGAGAUUUGCAAGGAACAACGAAGCAUGUGAUCAAGAACCUAAUCCAGCAAAGAAUGAUACUUGUAUUCUUCACAUGGACAAUGAAUUAGUAUACAACCAUGAGUUGGGUGUCCAGAUGAAAAAGGAUGAGGAGGAAUGGGAACAAGAAAUGAGGAGCCUGAUGUAUUUACCAUAUAUCAAUAGUUGAAGAGAUGGAAUUGAUGAGAAGAUCAAAAGGGUCAGCAAAACCAGGAAAUUAGAUUAAUUAAUUGAACUAUAUCGUCCUAGGAUUUUGAAGCAUAGGAGACCAACAGAAGGAAUCUGAUUAUGUUUAAUUAGUUUAAAUUAAUGAGAUCUCAAAAUGUGAUUCCUUUUGGUUGAGCAUUUUGUGGUGUACUUUGAUCCAAUGAUUCAAUCAAACA